GGCAGCCUCCAUGGGUCUUUUCAGCUUUCUAAAAGACAAGUCUGCAUCAUGGGUGGAUAAAGUCAAGAUAGCCAGAUAUGCUUGGGUCACAGAGACGGUUUUUACUCCCAACAAGUAUCAGAGCCUGAUUGAUUGGGUUGGCACUACUCUCAUCAACAAGGAAAAAUCCAAGAUUUCAGAAUCUGAUGAAGUGAAACUAUGGCACUUUCUCAGCGAUAUUCUGCAGAGCAAAAGGCUUCGACAGCAAGAAAAACGAGGGCGGUUGAUUUUAAUGAAGGCCUCUUUCACCCAGCUUGUGAUUGAUACGCUCGUGUCUGGCAAAGAAUCGCGUUGCCUUGCCCUUGAAGUGGUGCGCAGCAUAAUCACGUCACCAUACCUGUGCCAUGUUUUCACUGCUCGGUAUGAAACCAUGGUUCAGCUGGUAUUGUGCGUCAUUCAAGUGUGUCUCGCAUCACGAGAGGACUAUUCCGACACCGUCGCUGUCAUACUGGCCAAGUACGCUUCUGUACAGAGACAGAAUAACAAUCAGAAGUUGGUUACCAAUUUGUUGUCAGAAAAACUGCUCAUCCCUGCCAUACAACUUGUGGUGCUGAAAAAAGGACAGCCUCGAUGGCAAAGAGUUGUGGCAAAACUAAAUCAAAUCAUUUCGGCGGGUAUAUUUCAGAGCGAGCAUGGCCAAACAUUCGAGGCGUUCCUCAACCUCAUGGCUUCCGGUUCGUCAGAAAAGACGCAGAUUCCCAAGAUACCAGAACGGGUCUUCCUCACCAUCUCAAACGGUCUGACGGUCGAUGUGGGGAAGGAGGAAACAGUCAAUGCGGUGGCAACCUACCUGCCACAGCUCUACCUGGCAUUUCAGAAAGCAUAUCCUCUCAGGUCAGAGGAUGGCAUGUUACACUUCAAACUCCUCUGCCAUUUAUGCUCCAUCCUGGGAAUCACUGGUAAGGUGUCAACUCUUCUCCUCCCAGUCCUCGAUACACUGCAGGUGUCACAUCUCCUACUCAAGUCAACCGCUGAUGGGGAGGUCUACAGUGUCAGUGCGGAUAAUUCUAAGGGUGCAGUGCAGCUGAAAUGGUUCCGAAACUUGGUAGAUAAUCUGCUUGAAAUGGACAGGAGCGACAGUCCUGCAUGGUAUGACUGUUUCACUACUCUCCUCUCCCUGAACCACGAUAUCCUGGUGCCAAAGAUGUCUGAAGUUUGGAGCAAAGCGUGGCUGACUACCAAAGUUCUUCCUGGUGUUGCCCUGGAGGCUCAGAACAACCUGUUUGCUUGCUGGUUACAGGUGUAUGUUGCACUCAGACAGGUGCCCAAGAUCAUAGGAAAAAUGCUACAACUGGUGAGGGAAGGCGAUCCGACUGCAGUCAUGUGGCCAAGGAGAUUCCUGGAAGUAUUUGGAGAUAGUGUACCUAGUCUCCCCACGGGGCAGGUGUUGAGUUUAUGGAACGAUUUGAUUGAAGAGAUUGAUGGUAAUUACCUAGGUGCCAACAAGAAUGUUAAAAACCUUCAUCUCGUGUCGAUCAUCUUCCAUGCGUUCAUCGUGAAUAUCAAGAUGGCCGACUAUAAUAUCGCCAUGGUGACAGUGGAGAGAAUCAGUGACCUCAUGAAACGGACUAAAGCUUUGCUUAUUUCAAUGGCGUCCAGAAUUAAGACGAAGGUCACAAAUGAUAGUGCUUUCAUCAUAUCGUUCCUUCUUCUGGCAGUCUCUUUCCGUGACCUACAACUUUUGUUGAAAAUGUAUUCCAAGGACAAUGAAAACCUAGCGACUUUUGACCAAGCCGAGAUGAGACAGACAAUUCAAGCUAUUGAUGUAGCUGUAAAUACUCCAGUUUGCUUUUACUCGGUGCUGCACUCUAUCUGCGAUAUCAGAACCAAUCAGACGUUCCCUUGCGUGGCCACCACGAUGAAGACGAUGGUCAGGAGCUGCAUAUCGGACGUCCUUUUGGCUGACAUCUCACACAAGAACCCUCCAGCCACUUGGGAUGGACAGAUGUACUCUGUUAAUGCUGAAAAUGUUCAUGUGGCCACUUGGGGGUGUCUGUGUAAAAACCUGCCAAUUCUUCUCAGUUAUGCUGAUGAUGAGGACAUUGAUAGACUGACGAAUGUCAUAGUAAACAAUGCAUGUCGGAAGGCACACAAUAAAACUGGAGAAUCAGUUGGGGACGUGUUUUGCCAACUGCUGCAGAGCAGCUCGUUCCACGAGUCUCAGCAGGGACAGUCGGCCCUUGUGCGCCACCUCCUCUCCACAAUCAAGAGAAUCUUCACCCCUGAGAAAAGACCCAAGAAAAAGCGGAAAAGUGAAGCUUCCUCGUUCGAAUUGAUUCUUAAUUUGUUACAAACAACACCAGCAGGUGGUCACGUAAAGACGGAAGAUUGGGGGGAAUUAUUUGAGCGUUUUGUUGCUAAUGCCAUCUCACCCUACGUCUCUGUAAAGGCUCUGGUCUUGGAUGAGUUACUACAAUGUCUGAAGGCAUUGAGCUGGCAACCAUUAGAAUCUUACCGCACGAACGAGAGCCUGCAAUGCAUUGUUGGAUUACUCGCUGUUCUCAUGGGGAUGAGACGCGACGAUGGAUCGGUCCCCAUGGACUUGACCACACGAUGCCUGGAGCUGUUACGUGCCCUCAUGGCUGGGGGACCUCCCAGCCCCAUGGCCUCCUCUCUCAAGAUGCUCAUUACGCAACUCUAUGAUUUGGGACAGCUAUGUGAUACAGAUGUUAAAGAAGGGAGGGCAUUUGUUGAUGCCUUGAAGGAGUUGAUGCAGAUUCUGAUUAAGAGUCACCUAAGGGAGGCUGGGGCCAACAGCUUGCUGCUCUUCAUUGGGCGGGUUGUUGAUGAUGUAAAGGUGAAGUCAUCCCUUGUGAGUCUAGAAACUCUGGCCAUCUCUCUGCAGGCAGUUCAUAAGGCUCUACAAAACGAUCAUGCUGAUGAGGUGACCAGGAUGGCAUACCAACAAUCAUUCAUCAAGUUGGAGCCAUUGGCUACUCUUCUCUGCGCAAGAGAUGUUUCCAACGCACGACCCCCUCGCCAGCUUUGGAACAUCUGUAGCACCAUGGUUGCGUAUCACUGGAGGAGUGAGGAGUCAUCGCAGCUCAUCUACCAGCUUCCUUCCCUCGCGAACAGUGCUCUGGAUGGAAUAAAUAUUGAUAUGGAUGCUAACUAUAUUGAAUCCUGCUUAACAUUCAUAUCCACUGUGGCCAUCUGUUUCAAAAUUGGUGCUAAGUCCACUGCCAAAGAAAUCAACCUUGAAACCGUUCUAGAGAUGUCCAUGGGAAAACUUGCCUCGUUCCUUAGGCAGGUUCACAAGGAGAAGUGUACCAAGGCGGUCCUGAUGGGGGUGGGGAUUGAAGCAAGUCACCUGGGAAAGCAACAUGAGAAUGGGUUGGAAUCAAAGGCAAAGCUACCAUUUGCCUCGCCAUCUCCAAGUGGACAGACUGAUCAACAAUCUAUCGAGUCAACACUGAGUCGUAUUGAAGGCCUGGCUCUCGAUGUUGUUGGCUUGUUGCUGAGUGUUUGUAGCGCGGGGCAGUUCACGAAGAUGCUUCAUGAUGGCACCAAAGACAUGUGUCCUGACCAUAUUUGGACAGAUACCAGCAAGGUGUCCACUGGGAUUAGGAUUUGGCAGCGGGUGCUAUCUGUCCAGGUUAAUGAGGAGAAGAGGACCAAUCUGAACUACGCCUCACAGAGCGUGCUGAUCUGUUUCCAAACCCUACUCCUCGAGUUGAAGGCAGUCGAUGAAACUGACGAUUACAUCAUGCAGAGUGUGGUGGAGCCACUGUUGACUGUUCAGACUGCUAUGCUAUCCCAUUCGCAGCUGCGUCUCUCACCGAAUGUCGUCAGGAUGGUGCUGACCUCAUGCGAGCUCACUCCCUUGCAUAAUCGCCUUCACCACGAAACCUUCAUGCAUAUUUUCCCAGCGGUCUAUCAGAUUCUCAACGUCAUCCUGACGAAGCAUACCCAGAUUGGCCUGAGUAUGAUUGCAGCAUUCGUUAGUGCCGCCAAGCAGUUAUUGGAGGCUGUGAUGAUGCGGAGUGACCAGGAUGGGUUGUAUAUCAACAAGGUUGAGGAGCUGGUCCAUUGCGCCGGUUUGAUUGAAAGAUUGUUUUCCCUGGUGGCCACCCACAAGGAAGAAUUCUCUAAAGUGGCUCUAUAUCUUGUUGCUGGUUAUGUGACUACACUACAGAAGGUGACUCUCAUCCCAGCCAUUAAGAAAUCAUUGCUGCCCGGCAUCCACUGCCUGCUCAACCUCUGUGAUGAACACUCGAUGGCCGUCCUGCAUACCGUACUCAACCCGGGAGUGAAACAUAUCUUCACAGCACUUUAUCAGGACUAUACGAAACAUUACAAAUAUACUGGCCGAAUAUAAACACUAUUGGUGGGUGGGGAACUCUUCAGGCUCUGUACAGGGUGGCCCAGAAUUAUUUUCCCUCACACAAUGGAUACAUAAUAGAAUUCUAUUGUGCAAGGGAAAAUAAUUCUGGGCCACCCUGUAGUGGCCUCCAGUGCCCUGCUUUAAUCAGGGACUUUAUUGCCAAGAGGCAGCAGUUACAGUAAGGCAGUGAUUUUUAUAGAGUUCAUGCUUUCACUCGUAAAAUUUCAUGUCACUGUUCACUUUUCAUGCAUGACGUGAAAAACGAAAAGGUCAUUUCCAAAGAGUGGGCUACGUACGAUUCACAAUGUCACCUUUCACCCUCACGUCGUGUUUUCAAACCAAAGUCAGUUAACUCGUGACACGUGAAACAUGACAAGUGACAACGUGAAUCCCAUAUAACUCUGGCCUUAACGGUCAUAUAAACUCCAGAACCUUAUGUAGAUGAAAUUGACAUGGGCUGGAAAUCUAUUGUGUUCUGGACUGCCAACUACUGUUGCCUACCCGUAAUACAGUGGAACCUCCCUUAGCGGACACCUCUCUAUUAAGGACACUAGUUUAGAGUCCCAAAUAGGUUGUUUCCUUUCAAUUUGACCUCUCUAUUCAGGACACCUCUCAAUUAAGGACAGCAGUUGUCAGUUCCGUGGGUGUCCAUAAUAGAGAGGUUCCCCUAUAUAGUAAUGUCUCUCUCCUGGAAAACACCCGCUAGAGAUUGCUAAUUGUAACAUCUGCAGAGUGGCCUACCAUGACGCAUUUGACAGAAAUUUACACAUUACCAAACUUGUUUACAUGUUCCUAAGGCAUUGCACUUGCAUUGCACUUUGACUGAGGAGAAGUUUUUAUAAAUCACACAAAAGUCAUCACAAAACCCAGUUAUUUCACUUUCUGUGACUGAUUGUACACUGUUUUGCCAAGAAAUAUUGCCAGAAUAGACGGUAGGCAGCUCUAAAGUGUCAAGGUGAUAGAUGUACACUUGAAGGCUUCAGGAAUGGGAAGAUUCUCUUGUGGUUUUUGAACCAAGGGUCUGCACCAACAUUGAAGUGAGUUUGAUGAGAAGUGUAGAAGGGAUGGCGAUAGCUCACUCAUGAUAACACAGUGGUCCACAAUGUAAUAGUUUGUAAUUCAAUAACAGAAGUGGUUGAUUUUCAGA